GGGAGGCAGUCAGGUGACUCACCCAUGUAAUGGAGGACGAUGUGCAGGAGCUUCUCUCACUGGCCUUCACCACCGGGAUGUGACCAGAUUCAUUGACCCCCAAUGUGUGUGUGGUUGCACGCAGCGUCAUGGCCCUUUGCGUUGUAUUACCUCAAAUGUCCGUCCUCUGGCUUACCUUGCUCACGUGCGGUCUUCAGGUGCAGAGCCAAGGCCACGAUGGUGAUGCAUGUGAGUCGAUGCCCUGCGCUCACGGAGGACAUUGUGAAGAUGGCAUCGGCAGCUACAGCUGCUACUGUGCUGAAGGCUACCAGGGCUCCAAUUGUGAAAUUGCCGCUCCUCAACUCUGUGAAAACCAAAAUGGCGGUUGUGAGCACUUCUGCAGGGUGGUGCGAGGACACAUUGAAUGCUCAUGUGCUGAUGGGUAUUUCCCCGUGGACAAAUCAUGUCACUCCAACGAGCCCUUCAAAUGUGGCGCCAUCAUCUCUGGAAAGACACGGUCCAUUUUCAGGUAUCAGCACCGGAACUACACGCAGGGAAGCGACUCCUGGUUGAACCAGACCGACAUAGAAAGCAACAUCACCUCCACCGCCGUCUCAUCUCCUGGUAACUUCAGCACCGAUCAAAUCCCGCAUGACUUUGAAGAGGAGGAAUAUGUCUUACCUGAAAUGAUGGGAAUGACCCGCAUCGUCAAUGGCAAAGACUGUCCGCCAGGGGAAUGUCCAUGGCAGGCACUUCUCAUCAAUGAGGAAGGCCAAGGGUUUUGUGGCGGUACCAUCUUGACCCAAUACAUCAUCUUGACUGCAGCGCACUGCAUGAAGCAAUUAAAUUACAUCUCUGUGAGGCUGGGUGAGUUUGACGUACUGGUGACUGACGGGAACGAAGCCAACCACAAUGUGGAGGCUGGCUUCAAACACCAUAACUACCGCCCAGACACUUAUCACAACGACAUUGCUCUCAUCAAACUGGCCACGCCCAUCAAGUUCUCCAGGUUCGUCUUGCCAGCCUGCAUGCCUGAAUCAGAUUUUGCUGAGAAGGUUCUGAUGAAGCAGCCGCUUGGCAUGGUUAGCGGUUUUGGACGUCUUGGCGAGGGUCAACAACCGUCCACCAUCUUGCAGCGCCUUGCCGUGCCCUAUGUGGCCCGCCAGGUUUGUCAAGAAUCCACCGGUUUUCAUAUUUCUACACGCGUGUUCUGUGCCGGCUAUGACAAAGAAGCAAAUGAUUCAUGCAAGGGAGAUAGUGGCGGGCCGCAUGUCACAAAGUUCAAAGGAACAUAUUUCCUCACUGGCAUAGUGAGCUGGGGAGAAGGCUGUGCACGAGAAGGCAAAUAUGGCGUUUACACACAAGUAUCCAGAUAUAUUCGCUGGAUCCGUGGAGGCAUUCAGAAGCUGAUGAGCGUAGGCAGGGUGAAGAGGCACCAAGGACCAAUCAGGUGGCUGGAUAUGUAAAAUGACCAGACUUUACAGUCCAUCACUACAUCUAGUAGGAAAACAACUUUUAAUCUGUGCCUUAUAAUCUUUAUGUAUAUCCUGAUACCAUGACCAUAAUAAAAACUACAACAGUUGAUGUGAUCAAAUGUGUGUGACGUAUGAUUCAUCUAGACUAGGGCUUUCCAAUGCGCAGCCAGGGCGCCAUUUACUACACGCAUGUCACGGAGUGGUGAGCGUUGCUUGAUGCGUGACCCCAAGGAUGCAGAGAAUAGCAGGCGGAAUGCAAGUAAAAAAACUAUUACUUACAAGGAAGCGUGGAACCAAAAGAGCACACGGAAGCAUCGGUCUCAAAAGGAAGAGGAAGAAUGAUUCAGCCCUGAAGGAGGGACCCAGGUGGAACUAUUUAAACGAGGAACAGGUCUGCUGACACGACGUGGAACAUUCUAAGUUUAUUCAUAUAGCCCUUAAUCACAAGUGUAUCAAAGGGCUGCACAAGCCACAACGACAUCCUCGGCUCAGAUCCCACAUCAGAGCAAGGAAAAACUCAACCCAAUGGGAUACAAUGAGAAACCUUGGAGGGGACCUCAGCAGGAGUGGGUCUAGUUAAUAGUGUGAGAGUCCAGUCCAUAGUGGAUCUAGUUAAUAGUGUGAGAGUCCAGUCCAUAGUGGAUCUAGUUAAUAGUGUGAGAGUCCAGUCCAUAGUGGAUCUAGUUAAUAGUGUGAGAGUACAGUCCAUAGUGGAUUUAACAUAAUAGUUUGAGAGUACAGUCCAUAGUGGAUCUAGUUAAUAGUGUGAGAGUCCAGUGCAUAGUGGAUCUAGUUAAUACUGUGGGAGUCCAGUCCCUAGUGGAUCUAGUUAAUAGUGUGAGAGUCCAGAAAGUAAAGGUGCUGCAAAACACAGAGAUCAAACAGGAAACACUGACAAAACAAGAGCACCAGGACAGAAAGUGAUUCCAAACAUAGGAAAAUCCAAACAUAACCAGACUGUCAGUAGCACUUCUGGCAGUAGCCCCCUUCCAAUAACGGAUUCCAGACGUUAAGUUUAACAAAAAGUCCAAAACCAAGGGAGGGUGGAAGGAGGAAUGGCGCCAAACUGCGCCCCUGCCUCAACAAGCCGACCGACAGUCCAGGCCAUGUGCCCCCGCAGCCAGCGGGGAAGAGCCCGGUGGCGGCGGCGAUUUGAACGCCGCUGCAUCUAGUGAGGCGAGCGCCCACGGAAUGUCCACAUCCGUGGCCAACGAGAAGGCAGUUGCGAGUGGCCACGGUGCACCAGCAGCUACAAUCGUCCAUGCCCAGGUCCUUAGCAUAGCUGCUGAUCGUGCAGAGGGCGUCCCUGAAACGGCCACACUCUAGGCUGACAAGGGGGCCGCUUGUGCGAUCGACAAGGAGGUAGCGGAGGCGGCGAGGAGUCCACUGGAGACGUAGAAGGCGGCGGCCUCGGCAAGAAGCUCGCUGAAGACGAAAAGAAGGCGGCGGCCUCAACGAGGAGCCCGCAGGAGACGAAGAAGGCAGCGGCUGCGGU